GUCCACGUUCAUGGUCACGCACUUUUUCAAAAUAAGGAUUUAGUUUUCGAUUGAUGGCUUAUUGUCCAAACAACACUUUUUCAGAAUUAAGAAAAAGAGUUAAUGAUGCACUUCAUGGCUUCCAGAGUUCGAAGAAUGCUUUUUUUAUAUAAAAAAAACAAAAGCAACCAAAACAAUAAAGAUUCUACAACAAAUCAGGAUGCUAACAGUAUUCCUUUUGAUAAAAAGAAGUUCGAUUUGAGGAAAGUUGAACUACUACGCACCGUCGGCACAGGAACUUUUGGUCGUGUAAUUGUGGUUCAUGAUAAAUGUUCACAACAAUACUAUGCAUUAAAGGUGUUGAUAAUCGAAGAAUUGGUACGACUGAAACAAGUAGAACAUGUCAAGAACGAAAAGUCGAUACUAAUGCAAUUAAACCAUCCUUUUAUUGUAAAACUAUAUUGGACUGGACAUGACGCGAAAUUUUUAUACAUGUUAUUUGAAUAUGUAUGCGGUGGUGAAUUAUUUAAAUACCUUCGAGAAGUGGGCCAUUUCUCAUCUGAAACUACACGAUUUUAUACGAGUGAAAUAAUUUUAGCACUGAAAUAUUUACACAGUUUGAAUAUCGUGUAUAGAGAUUUAAAACCUGAAAAUUUGCUUCUGGAUUAUUCAGGUCAUUUGAAGAUGACUGAUUUUGGAUUCGCAAAGCAUGUUAAAGACCGGACUUAUUCUCUUUGUGGUACACCAGAAUACUUGGCACCUGAAAUUCUCCAGGGUAAAGGUCACAAUCAUGCAGCUGAUUGGUGGACCACAGGAAUUAUUAUUUAUGAAAUGUUGGUUGGUCGUCCACCAUUUUAUGAUGAAAACGAUAAUCGAUUGUAUAUAUAUCAGAAAAUUGUAUCAGGAGAUUUUGACUUCCCAGACGAAAUCGUAGAUGAAAAUGCUAGAUCAAUCGUCAGGAAAUUUUUACGUGUGAAUCUCAAUGAACGACUUGGCAGUUCUAAAGAUAGUAUAUAUGAAAUAUUAGAACAUCCCUGGUUCAGUGAUAUUUGUUGGAGUGAUGUUUUCCAGAGAAAGUUAAAGCCCCCAAUCAUUCCCAAUGUACAGAGUGAUGGUGAUACCUGCUGUUAUGAACAGUAUUUUGAACAAGAUUGGUCCGAAAUUCCCUUAUCCAGUGUUAGUUCUCGUAAUUUAUUCAAAGAAUUUUGAUGAAAAAUAUAUACAUUACAAUUCAAUUCUUUUAUACACUAUUAAUGAUGUACUUUAAACACAACAAACCAUCAGUGUGUUUACUGAUCUGCGUUACGAAUAAACGUGCAGUGAUGAAAUAUGCUCAAAUCUAAGCCACAUAAUAAAACAAAAUCCAAUGUUAACUGACAAUAAAAUUGAUAUAUGAUUAAUUCUGUGAAAAUAUAUUUGUAAUUCAUACAAUGUGCCAUCACAUUUCCAAUUAAUGUAUUGCUAUUUAUAUUAUAUUUACAUCAGCAACAUUACCAUUCAGAAAUUAAUUUUCCUUCAUUUAUAAGCUCUUUAAUGCUUGUAAUGGUUAUCAAAAAAAUAAAGAAAUAUAUGAGUUUUCAUUUGUUUUGUGUGUAUAUGUAUAUGUGUAAGUCUAUUUUAAAUCUGUCGACUAAACUAAAUUGUUCUAUACAAUGUUAUUAUUAUUAAAUCUUUUCAUGGGAACAGGAUCAGAUACAUCAACAAUUAUAAUAUUAAUCUCAUUGUCCAAUUGUAUUUCACUUUAUCUAAUUCUAAAUAUCUUCAUGUAUAAAUAAAACUUGUUAUUCUGUUUAACAAAUCAGACAAUGUCUAUAUCUAAAGUAUAAAUCUUGUAUUUCAUUUGAAAAGAUGUUUCCUUAGCAAUUUUUGUUUCUUUAUUGAUUUGUUUGUUUGUUUUUUUGAAUUGUUUGUAUCGCAAAUUAUUUUCUUUCUAUCUACAUUAUGAGUUCAGAAAUACCUAUCUAUUUGAUCAUCUGUUUUUUCUUUAAAUUAUUGGAAGAACUUGGUUUUUUUGUUCUUUUUUUUAAAUUUGUAUAUGUAAAAUAAAUUGUUUUUUUCCAUGAUGUUCAUUAGAAUGAAAGUUUACAGUAUAUUAAAAUAAUAGUAUAGUUAAAUAAGAUAAUGAAUAGAUUUUCUUUUAUAAUGAUUGUGUCUUAUGACAAUAUUUAAUGUUGCCCUACAUCUUCCGGUGUUUGUUUUUUUGUUUUUCUGACAAUGUUCAAUGUUCAAAUGAAUGUAUUGUAUUUUCUUAUAUUUCAUUUUGUUAUAAUUUAUCUUUAAUAUUCUAUAAUUUAUCUGUCAUAAAAAUGAAUUUAUUGUUAUGACACAGGAAAUGAUCUUAAAUACACCAUAUAUAAAUCAACAGGAUGUCCACUUCAGAAUAAUUAAAAGUUCCCGUCUAAUGCAUUCAAUUGCUGUAAUGCAUAUCAUAAAUAUACUACCUAAACAAUUUUUGAACUAGUAAACUUAAAACAAUCUAUAUUUAAUGUUACUAAUUAUAUCACACUGGUCAUGACUGUAAAUUGGCGUGAAUUCUGUAAUUAUCAUUCUUAUUUGUAUUAUUUGUCAUUGAAAUUUUAUACGUGUUAUUAACUUGAAAUAAAAACUACUUUUUACGUGAUUUUUUCCAAAAAAUUUUCAAGUACGAUCAAUAAUAACUUCUUUACAAUUAGAUGUUAAUGAUUAAUGGCUUUUCUCUAUUUAUCAAAAUAAUUGUUUUUGUUACUUAAAA